AUGAGAGGCUUGUCACAGCCAGGAGGGCCCAACGGGGGAGGCUACCUACUGAAGAACUACGAGUCGUUUGCCAUCACAGUGGGCGCCAUUCUCCUCUGCGGCAUUCUCAACUCCUUCUCCAUCAAGUUCAUUGGCCGCCUUGCCGUCGUCAGUGCCGUCUAUCGGAUGGGUCUCGCCAUAGUCAUCAUGAUUCUGCUGCCGUCGGUAGCGCCAGUGCACCAGAGUGCCUCCUUUGUCUUCACUCACCACCACGUGCAGCUGGACGUGUCUCUGCUGCCCACUAUGGCGUACGCCUUCAUAGCAGCGAUGCAGCUAUCCCAGUACUCCCUCUACGCAUACGACACAGCGUACGCCUUCAUAGCAGCGAUGCAGCUAUCGCAGUACUCCCUCUACGCAUACGACACAGUGGCCCACAUGGCAGAGGAGACCAAGCGCUCCGAUCGCGCGUCCCCAGCCAGCAUGGUGCUCUGCCUGUCCGCGGUCAGCCUGCUCGCGUGGGGGCUGCUCGUCGCCUUCACCUUCUGCAUUCAGAACGACGACAACCUCACCAGCCCGGACAGCGUUACGGCCGGCAAUCAGAUCCUGGUUACCAUCAUCUGGGAGGCCUUUUUCGCUCGCUUCGGCAGCGGCACAGGGGCGGUGGUGGUGCUCUCACUCAUCUACAUCGCCUUCCUCUUUGGCGUCUUCGCCGGCAUUCUUGGCGCCUCCCGCGCGGCCUACGCCAUAUCGCGAGACAAGGGCCUGCCAUUCGCGUUCAUCUGGCGGCGGGUGAACCGAGACAAGACGCCCAUCUACUCCGUGUGGCUCUGCUGUGGCGUCGCCAUCCUCUUCUCCCUGCCACUCCUCAAGGACUCUUUCCUCUUCUCCGCCAUCACCUCCCUCGCCACCGUCGCCUGGGUGGGCGGCUAUGCUGUCCCCAUCUUCUUUCGGCUCAUUCAAAGGGAGGAGGACUUUGAACCGGGCCCGUUCUACCUCUCUAAAUACGUCGGCGUCUGGGGCAGGAAACUGAUCAACAUUGGAGCCAUUCUCUUUGUCCUUGAAACAGUGCACGUAUCGCUGGCGGGCGGCGGCCGAGUGCUGGUGCACGUGUCACUGGCGGGGGGCGGGCGGGUGCUGGUGUGGUGGGUAACGAGUGGCAGCACGCCCGCCAGUGUGGAGUAUGGGGAGAGCCGCGGCAAGUACACCAAAACGGCUUCCGGGAGUGUGACUCGUUAUACGCUUAAUGGAUACACGUCGGGGUACAUCCACAAGGUGCUGCUGGGGCGGCCCAGGAAGGACGGCGUCUUAAAGCCCGGCACCACCUACUACUACCGCCUGGGAGGCGCGGGGCCUGCAAGGGCCUUCAAGACGCCGCCGCCAUCGUCCCAACCCAUCAGCGUGGCGCUCGUGGCCGACAUGGGUUCUGCGCCACCAGCAGCCGCCACCAUCUCGCGCCUCUCCCGCACGCCCCACGCCCUCGUGGUCUUCCCAGGGGACCUCUCCUACGCCAACGGCUACCAACCAGAUUGGGACACGUGGCAGUCCCUCAUCCAGCCUGCCUCAUCUCUCCGCCCCUGGAUGAUGGCCCCGGGGAACCAUGAGGACGAGGAGGACGAGGGCGCGCCGAGCUCCAACCCCUUCAAGGCGUACAACGCGCGCUGGCCCAUGCCGGCCGCUGCCAGUGGGUCGCCUUCGAACCUGUACUACUCGUUUGACAGCGGCAGCAUUCACUGGGUCGUGCUCUCCUGCUACUCCGACUACUCCCAGGGAUCCGCUCAGUACAACUGGCUGCAGGCAGACCUAGCCAAGGUGGAUCGCAAGGUGACGCCGUGGCUGAUAGCGGCGUUCCACGAGCCGUGGUAUCACAGCAACAAGGACCACCAUAAGAGCGGCGAGGACAUGCGCCUGGCGCUUGAGAAGCUGCUGUACGCCGCGCACACGGACGUGGUGGUGUGCGGCCACGUGCAUGCUUACGAGAGGACGCUCCUUGCCUCCCCAUCUUCUCUCUCCCCGUCUUCUGCAUUCCCUUGCCCUCUCAUCCCUCUUGUCACCACUCCCCUCUCCUUGUCCGCUCAUAUCCCCUUCCCACUCUCUCUUCAACCUGUGCAUGCCAUGCUGCAUCUCACUGCUGAUGUCGCCUGCGUGGUCACCUCUUUCUCCCGGUGUUAUAAAACCUCCUUAUCCCCACCUCUCCAACCUUCCCCCUCAACGCGCAGUUUCCUCUCCCCAAAGCCUGUGUGGUCGGCCUUCCGGCAGGCAGCGUAUGGGUUUGGGGUGCUGUCAGUGGGAGGGGGCGCCAGCAAGGGCGAGGCGGUGUGGAGGUGGAGGAGGAACAGCGAUGCAGUGGGGGUGGUGGCAGAUGAGGCGAGCAUCAUAUCGCAUGCCAGCAGCAAGGCUCCUGCGCAGUGCCGGCCGCACAGGGUGGGUGUGGCAGAAGCACAGGCGACGGCUCCUGUAACGGAGAUCGACGCUGCGGUUGACGACUCCGCGACCAAGAAGCGCAAGGAUUCAAGCGGUGGCAGUGCUAAGCAGUGGUGGCGACAACCGAACCUCUUUUCGAAGCGAGCCGCACGUCCAACCAUACGAGUGGAGGACCGGGGGAGUGAUGACGAGGAGGAAGAGGACGACCUGCCGACUGUAGAAGAGAUGGCCCGUUACCCCGAAGUCGCUUUCGCUAUGGCGCACAAGCGAUUUAAAACGUCAUGGGAAUCCUCGUUUCCGUGGCUUAUUCUAACUCGUGACGACGUUGGCUUCCCUAUUUUGAGAUGCAGCACGUGCUUGGAGCAUGGAGCGGAAGGCGCGAAAACGGCAUACGGCAAGGGAGGCAGUGGAGGGCGUGACAUGCAAAAGGACAGCAUCCGGACGCACCAGCGCUCCACCGCACACCAGGACGCUCACGCCGAGAUGAAGGCGAAGGAGAGCCGGAAGCUUCGACAGGCGUUGCUGAGCGAGUUCGAGGGAUUGGAUAGGAGCACGCUUCACAUCAUCACCGCGCUCAAGACCACCGUGUACAUCUGCAAGUCGGAGGCGCCAAUCACCUCCUACGUGGGCACUAUCAAGUUCAUGGCCGACCUCGGAGUAGACAUCACGGUGGUCGCAGGGGAGGUGUCGCUCGCUUGCAGGACGAUCGAAGUGUGUUACGUGGACUGCGAGGAUCGAUUCGGCAACGAGCAAUCGCCCUUGCUCUGCGCGUUCUUGAAGAAGCAUGGCAACCCCGACCACCGCGAGGUCACCGUCAAAGGCGUGGACCAGAAUGGCGAUGCUGCUGAGCACAAGUUCGUGCUUCAUGAGCGCAAGAUCCCUGGGCAUACGACUGGCGGUGACUACUACUCCUGCAAGGCGGUGUGCCAGGAGUUUGCAAAGGCCUGCGUUGAGCGACUCGAGUUCCGCCUUGAAGACCUGAACGACCUGGCCGGGUCCAAGCUUUUCCGGCCUUCGUGCUAUCGCGACGACAACGCGCAGCGGAUGAAGAAGUGCCGCGAGUGGUUGGGCAUGUUGGACCACAUGUUUCACCGCCGCCUCCCUGGUACGCCACCUAGUUGA